AUGGCAGAGAAAGCAGCGGGGCUGAAAGAGGGCGACAGGGUUGUCUCACAAGACAAACGUCAUUUACCAGCUUUUCAAGAUGGCAUGCCUCCGAUUCUUCGAUUUGACGAUAUCAAUCUGAAUAUCCUGUCUUCGGCUCCAAGGGGAAACAAGGCGUCGUUACCAACCUUUCUCAGUAGGACUUACCUCUGUCGAACCAUGUCGGUAGCCGUUGGUUCUCCAAACUCGAAAGCAUUCCCUUUCAAUCGUCUCUCCAAGGAUUUUCCGGGGAAAUCGUAUGAUACGGGUACCAAGAGCCCCGAUGCCUCAUCGCUACAGUACCAAACAAUCUCAAUACAUGCGCUGAGCCUUAAGACCACGUGGACUCCUGCUUUGUGUUCGCCAAAAGGCAUCUCCACUGCCGACGGUGAGGUGAUGUGUGCCUCUAACGGAUGGCUUGGGACUUUGGGAGUGGAAGGCUUGGGCUUGCCGAGGUUCUUGGAACGUGCCCAGCGGGACACUAUAUACAUAGAUUGA